UUUUACCAUGGUAAUAUUUUCAUCUAUGUCCAGAAUGGUUGCGAUUGAAAACCUACUAUGACAAAGGCGUUGAUUUAUUUAGCAACCAAAGGUUCUAUAGAACAAUUGCACAAUAUGGAUAGAGAUGCUGGGAAGAUAUAUUAUCACCAUGGUGACUGUUGGGGAGCGACAGUCACUAUAGCUGUUGGAACAGCCGAAGAGCCUGGUGAAUAUUAUGAAGGUGAUACCUUUACUCCUAAAUCUGAUUAUAAAUGGACAGUGUCUCCGAAUAUUGACCAAUAACCUUCAGAAUUUCUUUUGGAUCGAGUAAAUGUUUCGUAAGGAAGUUGUAAUAUUAUUCGCGAAGCAAAUAAUCCUAAAAUUGUUGAAAAUAGUAAUGAAUAAAACGUAAAAUAUAAAAAUUCAUUUAAAAUAACUACCAUGUUUCUAAGUUUGUUAUUCCAACCUCAAGAGUCUAGAUGAGUGAACAAAGAUGUAUCCAUAUCGUUAUGACUGCAGAAACUUCCUUCUAAGGCGAUGUUCAUUCUUGGGAUAAUCUUACCAUAACUGAAUUAUUCAAUGUAUGCUAUAGAUUCAUCUUAAAUUAUUUCGGCAGUUGACCGGUUUUUCUGUAUACGAUCUGUGCACGUGACCUCGCCGAAAGUGCAAA